AUGAAAGAGCAUGAUUUGGGAAAGGACUACCUGGUACCUGGGCCUGUGUACCGGGCCGUGCAGAGCAGAGACACUUUACCAGGCUCAGAGGUCACCCCAUACGAUCUCGCCAAGGUCCAGGAUGCACUGGAAACGGCGGCAAGGGCAGAGGGUGGUUUGUCCCUGGACGGUGGUGCUCACUACAUGAAAGAGCUGGAAGAAGAAGCGCGGAGCAAAUACCAACACAGCGGCGGAGUCCUCAAACCUAUCCGCUCCACCAGCAACCACGAGCACCUGGUGGACAAUGCGAGCCUCUUCUCCUUCAUGACCUUCAACUGGCUGAUCCCGUUGGCCGUUCACGCCCACCGCAAAGGCCAGCUGCAGCUGGAGGAUGUGUGGGCCGUGUCCCAGUUUGAAAGCUGCAAGGUCAACCGCCACAGGUUGGCCGGGCUGUGGGAGGAGGAGUGCAGGGUGAAAGGGGACGAGGCGUCCCUGUGCGGUGUGGUCUGGGCCUUCUGUCGGACGCGCCUGCUUCUCUCCAUCCUCUGCCUCAUGGUCACCCAGCUAGCCGGCUUCAGUGGCCCGGCUGAGGCCUACAGGUGA